GCCACGGCUGCCUUUGGAGAGCAGCAGCCAUGGCUCUGCGCUACCCUAUGGCCAUGGGCCUCAACAAGGGCCACAAGGUAACCAAGAACGUGAGCAAUCCCAGGCACAGCUGCUGCCACAGGCGCCUGACCAAACACACCAAGUUUGUGCAGGACAUGACCUGAGAGGUGUGUGGCUUUGCCCCUUACAAGUGUUGUGCCAUGGAGUUACAGAAGGUCUCCAAGGCCAUGGAGUUACUGAAGACCUCCAAGUUUAUCAAGAAAAGGAAAAGGGUGGGGAUGCAUAUCCAUGCCAAGAGGAAGUGGGAGGAGCUGAGCAAUGUCCUGGCUGCCAUGAAGAAAGCCACUGCCAAGAAAGAUUGA